GGAGCUCAAGCUUGAGGCCGAAAGAAAAGAGAACGAGAAGAGGAAAUUGAGAGAGGAUGCUGAAGCUCUGGCACGGGAACUGCAAAGACUAGGACCUCUCAGCGUGAAGCGUAAGCGUGGAAUGGCCAGGCUGAUUUUCGGAACUGUGACUACCCAGGAUUUGGCCGACAUUAUUGAAUACCGGACGAAGAAGAAAAUCGACAAAAGGAACAUGACCGUCCCCGAAAUCCGAGAGAUUGGAACGUACACAGCCGAGGUCAAGUUGCAUCCCGAAGUAACAACUCAAGUAAAGAUCACCGUGGUGGGAAGCUGAGGCAAAGUUGUGAACUUCUACAUGUAAGUAGAAGCGACUUUGCAAGCGUUCUGACUGUGAGCCUGCAGCAAGGCAAAAGUGGGAGGCUCGAGCUGCGAGACACAGCUCGCCUGUUUCUUCGUUUAUCUUGACGAAAAAGUCGGCUUUUCCUUACGACCCGACUUAUAGGGCUGUGAAAUUCCGAGUUGUGAUGAACCAGCUAUGGUGCUUCAUCCGGGUUUGAAUUGUUCGUGCUUUCCUACUACUUCAUCGUCUUUCAGUGACUCAACUCAAGCUCCUGGCAGGUUCUCGCCGGCUCCGUCUUGUGUGUACGUGAAUUCUCGUCCAGCAGUGAAGCAAGACAACCAUAGCUCGAGUAGCUCGAGAUUGGAAGCUGGCUUGGAGAGAUAUCCUCCUCUACUGAGGCAAUGCGGGGCAGCAAGAGAUCUCUCGCAAGCCAGGCGGCUGCACGUAGAGAUCAUAGAGAACGGGCUAGACAGGGAGAGGUUUCUGGGAAAUCUCUUGGUACAGGCUUAUGGAAAGUGUGGAAGUCUCCAAGACGCUCGGACAGUCUUCGAUGGCAUGGUGGACAGGAAUCUCUACUCGUGGACACUGCUGAUAGGAGCCUAUGCCCAGAAUGGGUUUCACAGGGAAGCACUGGACUUGUUCUGGGCGAUGGACAGGCAGCCAGACAACGUUACGUUCUUGACAGUCCUGUGCUCUUGCUCGAGCUGCGGAGAUGUUGUAGAAGGCCGAGCUCUUCACGAGAGGAUACGAUGCAGCAGAUUUGAGCGAGACACGAUGGUGGGAAACGCACUCAUCAGCAUGUAUGGCAAGUGCGACAGCUUGGUCGACGCCAGAAGCGUUUUCGAGUCGAUGGAUUGGCGGCAGAGAAAUGUGGUGUCGUGGAAUGCAAUGAUCGCAGCGUAUGCCCAGAACGGGCAUAGCACUGAAGCUCUGGUUUUGUACUGGAGGAUGAACUUACAGGGGCUGGGGACGGACCACGUUACGUUCGUCAGCGUUCUGGGUGCAUGCUCUUCCUUGGCACAGGGCCGAGAGAUUCACAACAGGGUGUUCUACUCAGGGCUGGAUUCGUUUCAGUCGCUGGCCAAUGCACUAGUGACGAUGUACGCAAGGUUUGGGAGCGUUGGUGACGCGAAGAGGAUGUUCCAGAGCUUACAGACGCGGGACGAGACAUCGUGGAACGCAGUGAUUCUAGCUCACUCUCAAAGCGGGGACUGGAGUGGUGCUCUUCGUAUCUUCAAAGAGAUGAAGUGUGACGUGAAGCCAAACUCCACCACUUACAUCAACGUGAUCUCUGGGUUCUCUACUCCAGAAGUGCUACCGGAAGGCAGGAAGAUCCAUGCUGAGAUCGUCGCAAAUGGUUUCGACACGGACUUGGUGGUGGCCACGGCACUUAUCAACAUGUAUGGGAAGUGUGGAAGUUCGCAUGAGGCGCGGGAAGUGUUUGACAAGAUGAAGAAGCGAGACAUGGUCUCGUGGAACGUGAUGAUCGGGUGUUACGUCCUGAACGGGGACUUUCAUGAGGCACUUGAACUUUAUCAGAAGCUGGACAUGGAAGGAUUCAAGCGGACCAAAGCAACGUUCGUGAGCAUUCUCGGCGCGUGCUCUAGCGUGAAAGCUCUAGCUCAAGGCAGGCUCGUUCAUUCCCACAUACUCGAGAGAGGCUUGGAUUCGGAGGUUGCUGUGGCUACUGCUCUGGUAAACAUGUACGCGAAGUGUGGGAGCCUGGAGGAGGCGAGGAAAGUUUUCAACGCCAUGAAGAACAGGGACGCGGUUGCCUGGAGCACGCUGAUAGGGGCAUAUGCAAGCAAUGGAUAUGGGAAGGAUGCUCGCAGUCUCUACGAGGGAAUGGUCAGGGAGGAACUCAAGCCGGACAAUGUCACCUUUAUGAGCUUGCUUGGAGCGUGCUCGAGCUUCGAGGAGUGCUCCUGGGUGGACUCGGAGAUUGUGAAGAACGGGUUUGAGAAAGACGCCGUGGUUGGAACUACGCUGCUCAACACUUACGGGAAGCACGGGAAAGUCGAAGAGGCUAGGAAAGUAUUCGACAGGCUGGGAUCGCGCGACACCAUCUCCUGGAACGCCAUGAUCACGACUUACGUCCAAAACGGCUGUGCGGUGGCGGCCAUGAAGAUCUUCAGGGAGAUGACCGGCGCCGCUGGCUUGAAGCCCGACGCCGUGACUUUCAUCGCCGUGUUGGAGGCCUGCGCGAGCCUGGGCCGCCUCUCGGAAGUCAAGGCCCUCCACGCGCAGAUAUCCGAGAGCGAGCUGGAAUCCAACGUGGUGGUGACGAACACGCUGAUCAACAUGUACGCGCGCUGCGGGAGCCUGGAGGAGGCCGAGCGGCUGUUCGCGGCGGCCAAGGAGAAGACGGUGGUGUCCUGGACGGCGAUGGUGGCGGCCUUCUCCCAAUAUGGCCGCUACGCGGAGGCGCUGGACCUCUUCCAGGAGAUGGACCUCGAGGGAGUGAAGCCGGACGACGUGACUUACACGAGCAUCCUGUUUGUGUGCACGCACGGCGGCAGCCUGGAGCAGGGGUGGCGCUACUUCACGGACAUGGCGGAGCUCCACGCCCUGGCUCCAACGGCGGACCACUUCGCGGCGAUGGUGGACCUGCUGGGACGAUCCGGGCGGCUCUUCGACGCAAAGGAGCUGCUGGAGAGCAUGCCGUUUGAGCCGGACCCGGUGGCGUGGAUGACGUUCCUGACGGCGUGCCGGAUCCACGGGAAGCUGGAGCUGGGCGAAGCCGCGGCAGAGAGAGUCUACGAGCUGGAUCCAUCGAGCACUGCUCCUUACAUCGCCAUGUCCAACAUCUACGCGGCUCACGGGAUGUGGGAAAAGGUGGCGAGCGUGAGGAAGAAGAUGGAGGAGAGGGGGCUCAAGAAGCUGCCGGGGCUGAGCUUCAUCGAGGUGGACGGGAAGCUCCACGAGUUUAGCUCCGGCGGGAAGUACCAUCCCAGGACGGACGAGAUCUGCGAGGAGCUCACGCGGCUCCACGGGCUGAUGCGCGCGGCGGGCUACGUCCCGGACACCAAGGCGGUGCUUCACGACGUGAGCGAGGGGGAGAAGGAGACGAUGCUAUUGUAUCACAGCGAGAAGAUGGCCAUCGCGUUUGGGCUGGUGAGCUCGCGGGGGAGCGGCGAGCCCAUCCGGGUGGUGAAGAACUUGCGGGUGUGCUCCGACUGCCACACCGCCACCAAGUUUAUCGCCAGGAUCGCGGGGCGGGAUAUCAUCGUGCGGGAUUGCAAUCGAUUCCACCGGUUUAGCAGCGAUGGGAAGUGCUCGUGUGGGGAUUACUGGUAGAGAGAGAGAGAGAGAGAGAGAGAGAGAGAGAGAGAGAGAGAGAGAGUUCUGCCCCGGUGGCGCGGGAUCCCAGCAGCAGCGGCGCCGCCCGCCCCGCCGCCAUGGUUUGGAAGAUAUAGUACUUAAUGCUGGUCGUGCUCGUGUUGUGAAUCUCCCGUGGUGGCGAUCGUUACCACCACCACCACCAACAGUAACACAAGUGGUUCAUCGUUUACAAAGGAUUUUCUCUUUUUUUCUCAAAAACUUUGAAUGAAUUUACCAUUGCUUGGA